AUGAACAGCUUCGACAAUCUUGCCAUUGCCAUCCCUACCGCCAACAAUAAAAGUUUCCCGAGCGUCAAAAUGACGUACAUAAACUUCAAUGGGGAAGGACUAACUCCUCCAUCUGCUUUCGCCGGAUCAAAACUUCCCAUUGAAGAUGUGAGAAUUGAGGAUUUUGAAGUAUUUGGUAAGGUCACUCUCGUGCUGUUCCCUUGGCAAGGAUUAAACCUGGAUAUAGACUUGCGAUUUCCGACUAGCCUCGAUGCUUCAGGCUCCGAUGCCAUGAACCCAGCAGGAGAUUACAGUGCUACCCACGUCCAGCUCAAAACCAAUACGGAUCUUAAGGGCCACGGCAUAUCCUUUACGAUCGGUCGAGGCAACGACCUCUGCACUUCUGCCGCCCGCCAGAUUGCAGAACGGCUUGUCGGCAAGACACUUGGCGAGCUGACCAAGAACAUGGGUGAAACAUGGCGCUUCCUUGUGGCCGAUUCUCAGCUUCGAUGGGUAGGCCCCGAAAAAGGAGUUACCCAUCUUGGUCUAAGUGCCUGUGUCAACGCACUUUGGGAUCUUUGGGGCCGAUAUCUCAAUAAGCCGAUCUGGAAACUAGUUUGCGAUAUGACCCCAGAAGAACUUGUCGCCUGCAUUGAUUUUAGAUAUAUUCUCGAUGCUAUUACUCCAGAUGAAGCGAUCGCGAUUUUAAAGGAACAAGAGAAGACGAAGCCAGCUAGGUUCGAAGACGCGCAGAAAAGCGAGGCAGUCCCCGCUUACUCGACCCAAGCUGGCUGGCUUGGUUUCAGUGAUGAACGGAUGAUCGAACUGAUCAACUCAAACCUGGCUGAGGGUAUUGAUAAAUUCAAACUCAAGGUCGGGGGUAAUCUGGAGGAUGAUAUUCGCCGGGUCAAAAUUGCUCGAGACACGAUUGGCUACGACCGCACGAUGAUGCUUGAUGCCAAUCAGGUAUGGAGUGUACCUGAGGCGAUUGACUAUAUGAAAAAUCUGGUUCAAUUUAAACCUUUAUUCAUCGAGGAGCCGACCUCUCCUGACGACAUUCUUGGGCAUGCAGCUAUUCGCAAGGCACUCUCGCCAUAUGGUGUUGGUGUAGCAACUGGCGAACACUGUCAAAAUCGUGUGAUCUUCAAGCAAUUGUUGCAAGCUGGCUCUAUUGACUACUGUCAGGUAGAUGCGUGCAGACUCGGAGGCGUAAACGAAGUUUUAUCCGUGCUACUCAUGGCAAAAAAGUUUAACGUGCCAAUUGUGCCACACAGCGGAGGCAUUGGUCUGAACGAAUACACACAACAUCUUGCCCUUCUCAACUAUAUUUGCAUAUCGGGUGAGAAGAGUCUCCUCGAACACAUUAACUCUUUCAGCGAGGUUUUGGAAUACCCUGUGCAAACAAAGAAUGGAUUUUUCGUUACCCCCUGGGAGGCAGGUUACAGUGUGGAAUACAAGCCCGAGGCAAUUGUAACCUAUGAGUAUCCGAACGGGAGCUUCUGGCAAAGCGAGCAAGGUCUCGCUAUUCGGAAUGGACCGAAACUGUGA